CAUCAUCAUUGAAAAAAUAAAAAUAAAAAAGUGAGUAGUAGUGUUAUAAUAUAACAUGCCAAGUAAAAGUACAUACACAAGACGAUUUUAGAAUUACGUCAACGUUCAUUAAUAUACAUAGUUUAAUAAAUUUAAAUGUGUACAAAUAUCCAGCAUUUCGUUACUUUUCCUCCAAAGUACUUGACAAUCCAGUAUCUAGUACUCAUCGGUAUCAACCAGCAUCAAGAAUAGUUUGUAGCCGCCUACAAAAAACAACCUACAUUUAUUAUUUUUCUGCCUUGGAAAAAUAUAAUAAACAAAUUGAUAUUUAUAUAUUUCUUUUAUAAUUUUACAAGUGUUUUUAAGUGUCAACGAUACGGUGUUUUAUAUAUAAAUAUAUAUAUAUUUUUAUAUUAAAAGUUUAUGAUAGUUAUAUUAUUUAACUGAAUAUUAAUAAAUUAAAAAAUAAAUUUUUGACAUAUUUUUAAAACUUGGAAGUCUAUUCACACCUCAAUGUUGUUCAAUGGAAUAUAAGUUAUAUUUAGUACGUGACGACUAGCAUCAUUGGGAUCACUGUAAUCAGGCUUUAACAUCUACUACAUCUAGCACAUAAUACAUACAAUAAUCGUUUUUGACUCAUUUAUUUAAUUUAUAAAUUAAAAGUCUUCAUAUUUUUAUAUUCAUUAAAUAACAAUCAACGAUGGAGGAUAUAUUUCAAUGGUGUCGUGAAGGAAAUGCUAUGCAAGUUCGUGUAUGGCUCGAUGAUACUGAGCAUGACAUGAACCAAGGAGAUGAUCAUGGAUUCAGUCCACUUCAUUGGUGUGCGAAAGAAGGCCACUCAAAACUUGCUGAAUUGCUUGUCAGCAGAGGAGCCAGAAUAAAUGCGACGAACCGGGGUGAUGAUACUCCUCUGCAUCUAGCAUCUGCCCAUGGACAUAGAGAUAUAGUACAGCUGUUACUUCGCAAUAAAGCUGAUGUUAACGUAACAAACGAACACGGCAACACAGCGUUGCACUACGCGUGUUUCUGGGGUGAUCAUGCAGUAGCAGAAGAACUAGUGUCCGCAGGAGCUUUGGUUUCUAUUGCCAACAAAGAUGGAGAUACUCCACUAGAUAAAGCACGUGGUUCAUUGGCAAAACGCUUACAUGAUCUUGCCGUGGAGUUUGGACAGGACUUGAAGAAGAUUCAAUUUAAAGAUCAGAGUUGGCUUGGAUUAAAGACCCGCAGUCGUGAUGCGACACUUUCGAGGCACAAAGGCAUUAACAUGGCUGAGUUGUCACUUCACACACACUUGGCAAGCACUCCAAGCGGUGAAACUUGGCGUGGACGAUGGCAAAAUAAUGAUAUCGUUGCUAAAAUUUUGAAUUUGCGCGAAUGCACAGCUCGGAUUUCACGUGAUUUUAACGAAGAGUUCCCCAAGCUAAGAAUAUUUUCACAUCCAAAUGUCUUGCCAGUUCUUGGAUGUGUAAAUCAGCCCCCGCAGCUCGUGACAGUCUCCCAGUAUAUGGCUAGAGGAAGUUUGCACAGAUUACUUCACGGUGGAACGGGAGUUGUAUUAGACAGUGCACGAGCUUUACGUUUGGCGCUAGAUGUUGCACGUGCAAUGGCAUUUUUGCACGGUCUUGAAAGACAAAAUCGAUGCCGGUUCCAUUUAAAUAGCAAACAUGUCAUGAUCGACGAGGAUUUGACAGCACGUGUCAAUAUGGCUGACUCGAAAUUUUCAUUCCAAGAAGUCGGACGUAUUUAUGAACCAGCUUGGAUGUCGCCAGAGGCUUUAAGCAAACGACCUGCUGACAUUAAUUUGGAAGCUAGCGAUAUGUGGAGCUUUGCAAUAUUACUCUGGGAACUUGCCUCGCGUGAAGUUCCGUUUUCUGAUUUAUCGCCGAUGGAGUGUGGUAUGAAGAUUGCACUGGAAGAUUUACGAGUUGAAAUUCCCCAUGGGAUCUCUCCACAUUUGGCUAAACUGAUCCGGAUUUGUAUGAAUGAGGAUUCUGGCAAGCGUCCAUCUUUCGAUAUGGUGGUCCCGAUACUCGACAAAAUGAAACGUUGAAGGACAACUGAAAACAACUAAAUAAUGAUAGUAACAUAACUAUCAAGAUAAAGAUACACCAACAAUAUAAUAAUAACACUACAUCAAAGGAAUUGUUCUACAGUUUAAACAAGUCAAUGGUACACAUAAAAAUCAUAAAACUUUAAUAAAUACCAUAAUAAAUGUAACGCCGUAGACUGAUGAUUAUAAAUCAUGUGUGGAUUACUUUUAUUAGGAGGUAAAUAAUUCACAAAACUUUUAUUUAGAAUCUCAUUCUUUACUCCGAUCCGGUGCUGCCAAGUUACAAUUUUUAGACUUUCAAAAGUCUACGAAAGUAAGAGUAUUAAUUACUCAUAUAUUUUUUACAUACCAUACAAUCUUUUAAAUAUUUAAAUGUGCCUUUAAUAUCAAAUAAUUAUACUUAAACUACUUUAAUUGUUAAAUAUUUUAUUAAUUAAUAAUCUUUAUUAACUCUAGAAUAAUUUUUUAAUAAACUUUGACAAAUCUAUUAAUUUUUUAAAAUUAAUCGCUACAACGAUUAAUCAAUCUUUUAAUUUUUUUGGUACUAUUAUUAAUGUCUUCGACCAUAUGUCGGUUUUUACAUAGACAAGCACGGUUACGGAAACACUGUAACUUUAUUAUUUCCUCUGUGACUAUUCAAAUAACUCUACCUUAUUGAUAUGAAGGUCGGAAGUAAAUCAAAUAGAGGAGACAAAGUAUUGUCUAAUUGCAUUAUUGAUUAGUUGUAAUUAAUUCAAUACCUAGUUGAAAUUACAGUAGAAAGUUAUCCGAUUAAAUUUACAAUGGUAUUAAAUUAUAUAUUUAUAUCUAUUACGUGAAUAUUUUAUCAUGUACAAUAUUGUAUUGUUAUAUUAACAACUUUAUAGGCUAAAAUGUUUGGCUGACACGAGUAAUUUUUUAUAAAUUAAUUUUAUUAAAAUAUUUAUGACUAAAUAAUAAAAAAAAAUAAAUAAACUAUAAUUAUUAAUAAAUUUAUGUUCAAAAAAUUUUAUACAUCUACCAUCUAAACAUCAAUAUUUGUAAUUAAAGUCCGGAAUGCGUUAAACUCUUUGACUAAUCACUCUAUUUCAUUGGUAAUGACAGAUUAAUUUAACAUUUUAAUGCUUGCUUUUGAGUUUAUGAAGAAUAAUUUCAUGUGAUUAUUUAUCAAAAUAGUAACAUUUGACAAUUUAUAAUUGCAGUAGUUAAAUUAAAAUGUCACUUGUCAUAUGAGAUAUAUUUUAGGCAGUAAAAUCCAAAGUAUAUUAAAUAUUCUUUGACGCAUGGAUUCUAGGAGCAAUGUCAGUUGAUUGAGCACGAUCAUUCAUUACAUAGUAUUAUCGAGCUCGAACUUUCUCAUUGACAAAGACAAAAGAAACUAAAGUUUAGUAAGUUAAGGGUUUCAUGAGAUUGUUUGUUGCUUAUUUAUAUGGCCUCAUCUGAGCCCGAGUCCUGUUAUGUUUCAAGUUCCGCAGCAGUUAUUAUGUAUUGACAUUAAAUCAACUGUUGUAUGCAAUAAAUUCACAAACUUGUAUA